AAAAGGUAAGAGAAAAGGGGAUUCUUAUUCCAAGGCGUUCAUAUUGAGAAAGCGCUAAGCUCUAUGCCUUCUUGGAGCAGUAUAAUCUUUCAUCAGGUGGCUUAAUUUGCUAGCCAAAAGCUCACAAAAACUCCUAUCUCUAUCCCUCGUCCCCUCUCCAAUCACUUGGAUUGAUUGACAUGAAGAAAGUUUUGCUCUUUUGGUUCUUCCUAAUCAUUUGUUAUGAGCUUGCUUCAAUCUCGAAUUGUGACAGCGCUACGAAUCCAGAAACUAGAGAGGCUCAGCUUUCAGAGAACGAAGACAAGGUGUUGCCCGAUGGAGCUAGCUAUGGAGAAGUUAAUAACGAAACCGACCAACUUCACAACCCAGGUAAUGUCAUAAGUAAUGUCAAGCGGGCAAAGGGGAGUUACGGUGGUGGAGAUCUUCUACGGCCUCGAAAUACUCGUAGUGCUGCGAGUCCCAGUCUUGUUAAAGCUUCAGUCCUCUCCACGGCGGCAAAGCAUAUCGCUGCGGGACUACUCGCUAUAGGUCUCUCCUACUGAUUCAGGGCAACUAUCCCAGUCCCUCAUUACGGAUUGAGUCCUGUGUUAGCUCAUGUUCCUCUUCUUACUCCUCCUUCGUUUUCAGUUAUCUUACCCUCUUAACUUUGUGAAAGACCAUCUCUUAUGUCUUGAUUCAAGACAAUAAUAACAAAGGCUUUAGGGGCCGUUUGAAUUCA